ACGUGACCCGGCGCGGGGAUAAAUGGACGGCGCGGCCGGCUCGGCACAGUCACCCUCCCGCCUCCUCCUGCGUGUCUGGAGUCGUCGGAGCCGCCCCGGAGCCAGCCGAGCGCCGCCGCCGGAUGGAGCACCCGCAGCAGCCGGAGGACAGCAUGUCCCAGGAUUUGUCAGAGGCCGUGAAGGCGGCCUCCAGGGAGGUACACAGCCAGGCGGAGAAUUCCGAGUUCAUGAAGAACUUUCAGAAGGGCCAGGUGACCCGAGAUGGCUUUAAGCUGCUGAUGGCCUCCCUGUACCAUAUCUACACGGCCCUGGAGGCGGAAAUCGAGGACAACAAGGAGAACCCGGUCUAUGCCCCCCUCUACUUCCCAGAGGAGCUGCACCGCAGGGCCGCCCUGGAGCAGGACAUGGCCUUCUGGUACGGGCCCCGCUGGCAGGAGGCCAUCCCCUACACGAAGGCCACCAGGCGCUACGUCCGGCGCCUCCAAGAGGUGGGGCGCACCGAACCCGAGCUGCUGGUGGCCCACGCCUACACCCGCUACCUGGGUGACCUGUCAGGGGGCCAGGUCCUCAAGAAGAUUGCGCAGAAGGCGCUAGACCUGCCCAGUUCCGGCGAGGGCGUGGCCUUCUUCACCUUCCCCCACGUCGUCAGCGCCACCAAGUUCAAGCAGCUGUACCGCUCCCGCAUGAACUCCCUGGAGAUGACCCCCGAGGUCAGGCACAGGGUGAUCGAAGAGGUCAAAUCCUCGUUCCUGCUCAACAUUCAGCUGUUUGAGGAGCUGCAGGAGCUGCUGACCCGGGACACCAAGGACCAGAGCCCCUCGAAGGCCCCGGAGCUCCGCAGGCGGGCCGGCAGCAGGGCGCAAGACCCUACGCCCUCAGAGACUCCCGGGGGGAAGCUCCCACUCAGCAUCCUCUCCCCGGUGCCGCUCCUCCGGUGGGUCCUCACACUCAGCUUUCUGGUGGCCACGGUUGCCGUGGGGCUCUAUGCCAUGUGAACGCCAGCCUGCUGGCUCCUGGGGGCCGAGAACUCUGCCCGCCCGAAGGCCCUCUCUCUCUGGAGGAGAAUCUCUCUGCUGGCUUCUUCCUUUGGGCAUAGGGGGCUGUUGGGCCCCCGCCUUCUCCCUGCAUCCCUCCCUCUCUGGAAAGGAAGAAGUCUGCGGCGUCUUCCCCAACCAACAAGCACAGCCGGCCCCAUGACCUGAACUUUAAAUUGGGACGAGGGCUCUCGCCGGCCCCUCAGCAUCCCUGUUCCUGCCCGCUGAGCCCAGAAGUCAUGGCCAGCAGUGGCAGCUGUCCAAACCUCCAGAGGCCCUGGGGUCACGGUCUCCUGACAUGCCGUGACCGCUCUCCCCUGGGCCAGGGCGGUUUUUAUGUAAACGUGCAAAGAUGUUGUGUCUCGCGUCACUGUCUUGUUUUUGUUGGAGCCACUUUUUGUUCCCGGCUUGGCCUGAACCGGGUGUUCUGUUGUGUUCUGUUAGGUUUUUGUAGCAGGGCUGGGGUG